AUGUCAGUCGAAUACAAAUUUCAUCCUAAUAAAAAAGCUACAAUAAUCACUGCCCCAUUUUCUGGAGGUCAACCAAAAGGGGGCGUUGAAUUAGGUCCCGAGUACAUAUUGAACGCAGGAUUCCAAAAACAAAUUGAUUCCCUUGGAUGGGCUACUAAGGUCGUCAACCCACUUGCUGAUGUAUCCCUUGAAGAAAAGAAAUCUAAUAUCAAAGAUGAAUACGGUGUCAAGAAUGCUGCCAUUGUUAGUAAAUGCUGUCAAUUAAUAUUUGAAGCCAGUAAGCAGAGUUUAAGUGAAGGGAGAUUACCUUUGGUUAUUGGUGGAGACCAUUCAAUUGGUACUGCUACUGUUGGUGCCAGUCUAGCUCAUAACCCAGAUACUUGUGUUGUGUGGGUAGAUGCUCACGCUGAUAUAAACAGUCCCAAGACCACCGACUCGGGUAACUUGCAUGGAUGUCCAUUGAGUUUCCUAAUGGGUGUUGAUGAUGACUCAUAUCCACCUGAGUACAAAUGGGUACCUCGAUUGCUAAAGUCAAACAAGUUGGUUUAUAUUGGAUUAAGAGAUGUUGAUGAAGGUGAGAAAAAGAUUUUGCGUGAACAUAAUAUCGCUGCGUAUUCAAUGUACCAUAUUGAUAAAUAUGGGAUUGGUAAAGUGGUUGAUAUGGCAUUGGAUAAAGUCAACCCCAACCGUGAUUGCCCUGUCCAUUUAUCUUAUGAUGUAGAUGCCAUUGAUCCUUCUUUUGUACCAGCUACCGGUACAAGAGUCGAAGGUGGUUUAAGUUUAAGAGAAGGAUUAUUUGUCGCUGAAGAAAUCGCUCAACUGGGUUUGUUGCAAAGUAUGGAUAUUGUUGAAACUAAUCCAAUGUUGGCUGAAACUGAGGAACACGUUUUGGAUACCGUUAGUGCUGCUUGUGCCAUUGGUAGAUGUGCUUUGGGCCAGACGUUAUUGUAA